GGGAGAGGACCUGAUGAGAGAAAAACGAGAGGAAAAUUCAAUGAAAAAGCAAAAGGAUGAAUUCCAGAAAAAGUGCAAGCAUGUGAGGGGUUCUGCUUGUCGUGGAGUGUAAAAACACAAGGAAUUAUCUCGUACAAAUCGCUCGCACCUGAAAGUCCGCAAUCUUAAAUCGUGGGAGCGAUUCACAUGAAUCGUCACGCACUUUUCCUUGACUACAUGAACCAAAUUCCAAACUUCACUCCCACAACGUAGUGGUAGAGAGGAGGUUGAUCAGUAGUAGUAGACUACUUUUGGUUACAACGAACUACCACACAUCCAAAGCUAUAUUAAUAACUGUUUUUGGAACAACAUUACGUUCUUUACGUGACAAUGUAACCGUUACGGAAACAGCAAUUCAAAAAUAAUUGGUGAAGAUGUCAAGUUUUUCGUCGGGGACGAUGGUGAGUAUGGUAACGCUUCUUACCAUAUUCAUCGUAACCUCCGCGGCAACAGCCGGAAGAGCAACCUCCUUCUUCUUCCUCGAGCAAAAGAAGCGCAACCUCCGCGGCAACAGCCGGAAGAGCCGUGUUUACAGCCAGCAGCAGAUGACACUGUCAAGCGCUUCUGCCGCUGCAACGCAAAAUCAAAAACCAGUGAAGCGCAACCUCCGCGGGAGCAUGUUGCGAUUCUUUUUGACGAAAGAACGUGUUUCGUCUACUUCGGGUCGUUCCGCUGGUCGUCAUGGUACAAGAACUACUGCUCCUGGUCGCGCCGCGGCGAACGAAACCGUACUAGAAUUAUCUUCAGGCCGGGGACGAGUUGCGCCGGAGCAAGAAAAAUCGGUAGGGUCACUAGCACUACUACGCGCAGCGAAAGGUAGGAGCAGUGCAACUACUUCUAAUGCCACGACUGCUACUUUGUUCUCCUUCACCUUCUCGGCACCGCCGAAGAAGUUGUACCCGUGCUGGCUGUAUGCAUUGCAAAAAUGUCUGGGUCUGGAAACUUGUGAUGCUGGGUGGCGUAUCACAAGUGCUGACUCAGCAUGACAAGUUUCUGCGCUUCUAUAUGAUGCCUAUUCUGCAUGACAAACUGCGUUUUUGCAUGACAGAAAAGUGGGGCUCUUGGGUAACGUGCAUGACAGAUUUAACAGUCAUGCCAGACAAGCAUGACAAACAUGCAUUCUUCCAGACCCAGACAUUUUUACAUUUGAUAGGCUGAUUGUUGCGUUCUAUGUCGACGACUUUUAUUCGGAGUCGGCGAAGCGGGGACUCAUACAACUACUGGAGGAGACGGAAAACAUGAACUGCCAGCUGCAUUUGCUCGUGAAGGACGAUGAUUUUUUACUACAGCCUGAGACCACUGCGGCCACAGCUUCCACGACCUCGACCGCGCUGAGGCACCUGUCAGCAGCGAAAUUCCGUGAAGGUGGGCCCUGCGACCACUUUGUCGGGGCACAGGCGGGGCGGUUUUGGGCGGGCCGCAGUGACGUCACCGCUACGCGCUGGAGCGGCGGUGGACGGGUGGUGUGCACGGAGCAGCCGAAUAACGGUCGCGAGACCGCGUCCUUUGCAAAUUACACGUACGAAAAGUACGACGAGAUCCAGGCACUGUACCCUCUGCAGACUUCACCUUCGGAGCGAUUGGGGCCAAGCGCUAUCACCAUGGACGAAGAGCAAGAAGUUGCUCGUAACAGAUCUGCAAGCGCGUCGCCUUAUCUCCGUCUGCAUUACCUGCCGUUUCCCGGUUUUGACCACAACCGAAUUGACACAAUUCGGAACGCCUUUCGGCAGGAUCCGCUCUCGGUGGGGAAGUCGCGGGCCUACUUCAAUCACUACAAUUUUCCGUCGGCGCAUUUGGAAGAUCCGUCUGUUGAUUAUUUGGCCGAUGCAGGCUCCUUUCUCAUCGCGGAGUACGACGGACAUAAGAUUGCCCGGGCCCGGUUUCGUCCCCCGGUGUCGCCGAGCGGUACGAUCGUGGAUCCGAUGAAUUUGCGCUCCUGGUACGAAUCGUGGAUUCGGGAGCCGGCCUGGGAACAGGCCGGGAACUAUUUUUCGGGAAUGAAGGGCGCCCAGUCCACAACGAGCGUCCUCCUGCUGCAGAGGAAGAAGGAACUCUACCGGGAGGUGGGCCAGGAAUGCUCGACUGGUGGUAGCUUCGGAAACGAUAUCAAAUGCAAAAGUGUCUGGGUCUGGAAGAAUGCAAGUUUGUCAUGCUUGUCUGGCAUGACUCUUAAAUCUGUCAUGCACAUUACCAAAGAGCCCCACUUUCCUGUCAUGCAGAAACGUAGUUUGUCAUGCAGAAUAGGCAACACCUAGAGGCUCAGAAACUUGUCAUGCUGAGCCAGCAAUUGUCGCCUCCUCAUGAUACGCCACACAGCAUCACAAGUUUCCAGACCCAGACAUUUUUACAUUUGAUAAACGAGGCCGGUAUGUUUGUCGAGCGACUCAUGCCCGUCAUAUUCGGUUACGGGGCGGAGAAUAAGGCGACGGAGUACGAGGAUACGACAAGUUUGCAAAAUGAGCUCCCAAACAUUAAAACCAGUGCAGACAGAUCUAUUGUACAACGCAUCUUCGCGAAUGUCAAGUUCUGAAUCCGUCACGAAAGUAGUACUACUGAGCACAAAAUCAGGUUCUAAUCUCAACCAAGACAGCGAAAAUCUCGAUCUCGCAUGACUAGAGCUUCUACAACCUACACACUUGCUUCACCUGCCUCGUGUUCAGUCUUCCGUCGUACUUAACUAGGCUGGAGAGACGUACUUACUAGUAUCAUACUCAGUCGCUUGCUUGAGCUUGUGCUUAUCGUUGUUGCAAAAAUGUAAACCUGUCGUGAGUUUUUAUUUCUGUUUCAUUGGGAGAGGACUUGAUGAGAGAAAAACAAGAGGAAAAUGCAACGAAAAAGCAAAAGGAUGAAUUCCAGAAAAAGUCGUGCAAGCAUGUGAGGGGUUCUGCUUGUCGUGGAGUGUAAAAACACAAGGAGUUAUCUCGUACAAAUCGCUCGCAUCUGAAACUCCACAAUCUUAAAUCGUGGGAGCGAUUCACAUGAAUCGUCACGCACUUUUCCUUGACUACAUGAACCAAAUUCCAAAUUUCACCCCCACAACGUAGUGGUAGAGAGGAGGUUGAUCAGUAGUAGUAGACUACUUUUGGUUACAACGAACUACCUACCACAUCACAUCCAAAACUAUAAUAACUGUUUUUGAAACAACAUUACGUUGUUUACGUGACAAUGUGAUAGUUACAUCAACAGCAAUUCAAAUAAUUGGUGAAAAUAACUUUGAUUUCUUCGUCGGCGACGAUGGUGAGUAUGGUAAGAUUCCUUACCAUAUUCAUCGUCGCCGGCGGAACCCUCUGGCCGGCCAGGUCGGAGGAGACAGUGGCGGCUGCGGAAGUUGAAAGCACCUCCUUUCUGCAGCCGGAAGGAGGCGAUGGUGAAGAAGCACAGAACGCGGAAGAGGGAGAGCCAGAUUCCGCAGAGAAUCCAGUACCAAAAGAACCGAAGCAGGACGAGACGAAAGAAGGUGAGGAACCAGUGCCCGAACCUGAGCUCCAGAAAGACCCGGUACCAGUGGAGGAGAAAGAGCCAUCUCCUCCAGAAUCUCCACAGGAAGAAGACGAAGGUCCACCACUACCACCACCACCGGGAACGAAUGGGGCAGGAGUACCACCAAGACCAAGCGGGCCAGAAGAAUCUUCAUCGUUCAUCCAGCAAAAGAAGAACCUAGCAGGCACGACUGCUGAAGGUAGUGACGGAGCAGAUGGGGAAGCAGUAACAAAGACGGCGGAAGAACCAACGGAAUCACCCGCUGAAAAUCCGGUACGUGCGCCUGAGGAAAAUCCGGCUGAUGCGGAGAAGAAGGAAGUCGCAGAAGGCGAAGAAAUAGAACCCGUCGAGCAACCAGUGAUGGGGGGACAAGGUGGUGCUCCCGAUGCGGAAGUGCAAGAAGCAAAGGCAGAAGUAGUAGAGCCCCCGACCAAGAAAGAGGGCAACGACGAAGGCGCCGCUGAACCACAACCAAAAGUAGAAGAGAACAACGCUUCCUCCUUCCUCGAGCAGAAGAAGCGCAACCUCCGCGGCAACAGCCGGAAGAGCCGUGUUUACAGCCAGCAGCAGAUGACACUCUCGUCAAGCUCUUCUGCCGCUGCAACGUCGCAAAAUCAAAAACCAGUGAAGCGCAACCUCCGGGGCAGCAUAGCGAAGCAACAGGUAAUAAAGCCGACCACCCAGCCGGACGACGACAUUGCUUUCACUGCAGACGGAGAAUCAGAACCCGGCGCAGACAACACCGAGAAUCAGAUUCCCAAUGCCUUCUCCGACGACACACUGAACCUGCCGAAGCAAACCAAGGACGACGCUUUGGACAUCCUCAGCGACGAACAGUCCCGAACGUCCGUCGCUUCCUCCUUGCUGCAAAAAUCCGCGCCCGGAGGUGCAGCAGGUCAUGAUGGUGAGGAGCGAAAAGUCGUCCACGCGCAUCAACCAGUUCAUUUCGACGUGGCGCAUGCCGAGCACGUCGGGAUGGUGACGGGCAUUGAGUACUUUACGAACCAGGCGUAUCCCACGAAAAAACUGUUUCACUGUGAUGAUUUUGCAAGUUUUGCAGCAUUACAAGUUUGUUACACACUACACUGAAACAAGUCUGUCAUGCGCGCUUCCCAAGGGAAUAAGUACACGCUUGAAAAUCCAAUGUGUUCUUGCAGGUGUAGCAAGACAAAUAGUUCUGUGCUCCAUUCUCUGCAUCACAAGUUCACAGUGAAACAGUUUUUUCUUGCGAUAAGGCGUACGCGAAAAUCGCGGAGAUUGAAGAAAUAUGCUCUGCAAAAGUAUCGUACUCGUACUAAUUGCAAUCAUGCAUGACAAAUCUUGUUUCUUAGCCAAAUCAGCAUUACAAACUAGAUAUCUCCUUCUGAGAAAAUUUGUAUUGCGAUUUAUACUAGUACGGUGCUUUUGCAAUGCAUAAGAAAUGCGGGGCAUGUUCUUCAUCUACGACUACCUGGAAUUCUACCACGCCACCUACCCUGGCGAAAGGUUGGACGCGGUGCCCGAGCGACUGUCGAUGUACGACGUUUUUUCCUACCAGUUUGUGUGGCUCGCCAGCCUGUGCUUGCUGGCGACGACGUUUUUCACCAUCGCGCGAAUUCGGAUCUUCUUCUACCAAAAGUACGAAGAGCACCGGAUCGAGAAGCCGCCAAUGGAUGAAGAUGAGAUGAAAUCGGACAGCGGUAUUGAUACUAAUCAAUUCUAUUGGUUUUUUGUCAUGAGAAACUGCUUUUUUUGAUGCUGUCGCUGCCUGAAGAAGGCUGCUACGAAAGUAGAUUCGCUUGUUGUUUCUGCAUGAGAAAGCAACAUGGUUGCAAUUAUACCGUAUUGCGCACCAUGACAAGAUCAAAUCCAUCUGCUUUAUUGCACAGGUUUUUACUUCGGCGGCUACACGGUGUUUGUCCAUCCGGAGAAACGGACGCCCUCGGCGGGCGGGUUGCUCUGUAUUCACUGGACGGUGUGGCUGGUGCUUGUCGUUUCCAUGUUCAUUUUGAUGGACCUGCGGGCGGAAACCAUGAUUAUCGUGAAUAUGCAUUGUAAAAGUAUGCAUCGCACUAGUAGUAGUUGCAUUACAAAUCUACAAAUUUGCUCCUCAACAGCAUUGAAGAUGCAAUUUGUCAUGGUGACUCAGCUCAAGAAGGACGUUUGUCAUGCGUGAUUGCAAUUACUAGAAGUACGAUAUAAUUGUUGCACAGGAUAGCGAACGACUCCAGGCAGGAGAUGGAGUACGAGCUCAGCGAGAAGGUCGACGUAUGCACUGCAAAUCGAUCUGGGUCCACCUGUGAAAAAAGUUGUGAUGCGAAUGUCCGCAUAAGAGAAGCAACGGUCAAUACGAGGCCACGCAUGACAAGGCUCUGCUCUAUGACGACGUCUUGAGUUGUAACCCGCAUGACAGAUUGCGUUUUUGCAUAGCAAAAAUGUAGGACUGUAUUGCAGCGACACGCAUGACAGAUGUUUGUCUCCUGUCGGCCAAGCAUGAGAAGUUUUGCAUCAUGUUUCCAGAGGACCCAGACACUUUUGCAGUUGAUACGACGCGGCCUUCUGGUCGUUGGACGCGCACAUCGAUAUGCUGGCGUCUGACGUGGACGGAUUUUACAUGCCGGGCACGCUCGACGAAGUUGAGCGGCGGAAGCUGGAAGAUCCGCACGCCAGAACCAACGGCCAGGUCGCGCAGCAGGUGGAACAAGCGGGCGGAGAGCAGGCCCCGGUCGACGCAGACCCCGGAGCUGUAGACGUCACGGCGGCUGUGAUGGGAGAAGAAAACAACAAUGCAGGAGGGGAGAAGAAGAAAAAAAAGAAGAAGAAAGACAAGAAGGAACAACAGGGCGCUAGUUCCUUCCUCGAACGGUUAUUCGAAUCAACGUCGACCACGUUCAUGCAGCGGAAACGGCAGCAGAAGGUCACCCACGAGAUGGUACACGAGCACCACAAGAAAAACAGAAAGACACAUCACCACGAACAAGAACAUCACAACAAGCUCCACCCGGGGAAGAUCCGCGGGCAGAUUCGCAACGUGAUUCCGCACGUCAAGGGUGGUGCACCGGCGCUGGACUACGCGCUGCACAACUUUGUGAUGAAUAACGGGAAGAGGCGGAUCUGUCUCGUCGGGUUUGUCCCCGACGACGGCAACCUCUCCGACUAUGGAAAACCGCUGCAACUGACCAGAAUCCCGGAGAAGUUGAAGUGCUCCCCCGAUGACCACGCAUUGCAGUCGGAGCACGGGUAUGCAUGGCAAAUAUCGUCGGUCUGUAGGUCUGGAAACUUGUGAUGCAAGUCGCUGAAUAUGAAUAAUAAAAUAGAAUACACUGUAAUUAUGUUGCGCCGCCAAGCAUGACAAGUUUCUUCACGGUUCUGUGUUGCGUAUUGCGCAUGAGAAACUGCGUGUUUGCAUGACAGGGAAGCGGAGCUCUUGGUUCUUGCCACGCAAUACAGAUCCCAGAGUCAUGCCACAUUAGCAUGACAAAUCUCGAUGUCUCCCAGACCAGCACCCAGAUAUAUUUGCAAUCCAUAACGGUGCGAAGAUUGUGCGGAUCAUUCCGGACGAUCCUGGGGAGGUGAAAAUGCACUGUGACGAAACGAUCAUCAUAUGCACUGCAAAAGCGUAAUUGCAGUCAUGCAUUACAAAUCUUUUCCUUGAGGCAAAUCCGCAUUACAAAUUUUAUUUCCCAUGCUCAGGAAAUUUGUAAUGCAUUUAUACGACGAGUGCGAUACUUUUGCAAUUCAUACAUCAGUUACAUCCACGACUUGAUCGAAAAGGCACCCUAUGGGCUCGGAGUGGGGGACUUCAACACGAUUUUGCAGGCCUUGGGGGAUGACUCCGUAGUGUUCGCUUCAACCUUUCACAUGGCCAACCCCGCGGACGAGGGCAUGUUCCCGGCGGGAGAGUCGGCCCUGGACCAACCAAGAACGGAACCAAGGUACUGCGUUAUUUCCGGGGAAGAUUUUGAUUACGAAACGAGCCAGGAAUUGCUCGUGUGGAAACGAACGGGGGAGAUUGGCUCGUUGGAUUCGUCGUCGUCAGCAUCUUCUUCCGCCUCCGCCUCCAGCAGUAUCCAGCUCGAUCAACGACAUAAAAUGACAAAGGAAAAAAAAUUGUCAAAACGACUCCGCCAUACCAGAAGGAACAAGCACCGAGUAGUAAAAUCGCAUGAGGACCUGCAGCAAUGGUUCCACUCCAACCGUUAUCAAAAGGAAAAAUGUCUGGGUCUGGAAACUUGUGAUGCUGGGUGGCGUCUCAUGAUGAGGCUACAAAUGCUGGCUCAGCAUGACAAAUUUCUGAGCUCCUAGGUGUUGCCUAUUCUGCAUGACAAACUGUGCUUCUGCAUCACAGAAAAACGGAGCUCUUGGCUAACGUGCAUGACAGAUUUAAGAGUCAUGCCAGACAAGCAUGACAAACAGGAAUUCUUCCAGACCCAGACAUUUUUGCAUUUGAUAACCGUAUUCGUUCGAAGAUAGCGCAGAAGAGGAAGGAGCGGAUGGGUGUUAAGGCGAAAAAAUCUUCCAGUUCCGCGAAAAAUGCACAGAAAAAGGCAAAAAAAAGGAAUUUUAUUUCUCCGUCGGGACAGCAAUCCAUCACGCCAGAGCAGAUCCAGAUGCAGCAGGAGUUGGAUGAGGACUUCGACCCCAGUGUCGACCAGGAAUUGUUGCAAGUGAACGAGCAGUCGUUCCUCCCCUUGCAAAACGAAGCGUCCUCCUCUUUUCUAGAAGUCGAGACCAGCACAAAACAGCGAAAGAAGAUCCGGAAGCACAAGCAGCAACUUUUUACCACCGAGGAGGACGAUGAGGAGCACUUGGACAGUGAAGAGAUGCCGGAAAAAUCAAUCACCGGGGACCCGUUUGAACAGGAGAUCCAUGAUUCCUAUCAAUACAAAGUUGAAGGUAUGCUCUGCAAAAGUAUCGUACUGGUAGUAAUUGCUGUUAUGCUUGACAAAUCUCUUUCCCAAGGUAAAACAGCAUUACAAAUAUCAUUUGUAAUGCUAAGUCAAUUUGUAAUGCAAUUCAUACUAGAAGUACGAUGCUUUUGCAUUUCAUAGAGGGCGGGAUCAAACUGGCCGACACGGUGGACGGCCGCGACGCGUCCGAGGACGUCGACCCCUUGUCUGAGGCCUCGAUCGCCGGGGACGUCCGGGCGGAAUCCGCGAAAUACAAAGAACAUUUACUGAUUCACGCUUUGAAUGGCGAACCGCUCCGCGACGAGGACAAGAUUGUCGGCAACCCGGAAAACGAGGACUCGCUGCCGGAGUUGGUGGACAAAAAAAAGUUCAUUCCGUCCAACAUCCACUACUUGAAACGGUUGUACAACGAAAAGCGGAUUAACCACAACAUCCACGUCCUCGCGGAUUUCAAAUUUUCCGUGCACUAUCAAAGUGAAAAAUUCCCCCUCCCCAACAUAUCAAAAUGGCAAUUUGUGAUGCUGAUUUGUGACCGCAAAUCACCUUUGUCUUGCCUAUCGGGUGAUAGGAGCCUAGUGGCUCACUCUACAGCCAGUCUCUCGUGCGCUUUCGACUACUGAAAACCUGUUUGCCAUGCCUAAUUGCUAGCCUUCUGCAUACCCGAACAGGGUAGUUCGAAAAUACCACCAAGCACUUUGUGCAAGACAAAUCUGAUUUGUGGCCGCAUGUCAGCAUCACAAAUAUCCAUCUUGAUACGCGGAGGGGGGAUUUUUUCUCACAAUAUGCGCCUGAUGAAGUUUUUCUACCUGCUGGUGCUGUUUCUCAUCACGGCGAUGCGGUUCAACUAUGCCUCUAUGCAUUGCAAAUAUGUCUGGGUCUGGAAGAUUGCCAAAUUUGUCAUGCGUGUCUGACAUGACUGGGACCUCUGUCAUGCGUAGGUGCAAAAAGAUCGUUUUGUCUGUCAUGCAAAAGCGCAGUCUGCCAUGCCAUGCGGAAUACGCUGCACAUAGCACCUCAAAAACUUGUCAUGCUUGGCCACGUAUGACAGUGCGCCCAGUAGUCCCUGGUUUGCAUCACAAGUUUCCAGACCCAGACAUAUUUGCAGUUGAUAGCCUCCAGGGUGUACCCAGAUCGCUUCACGUCCGGAUGGGUCUACUUCGUGAAAGACUUGCUCGUCAAAGUCGACGUGGCGAUCAUUGCCUACCUCACGUUUGACUUUGUCAUCGCAACCAACAUGCCGGAGUACACCGACGCUAUGCAAAGAAAAAAGUGUUACAGGUACACAUUGUCUUGCAAAACAUGCAAGACAGACGACCUCUGUCAUGCGCAAAAUGCUUGCGAGUCUCGCUUCAUGUGUGUUUUUCCUUAUGAUCUUUGCAUUACAUCAUGCAGAGAAAACUUGUGAUGCUGAAUUCACUACAAAUGAUGUGUAACUGUAACACUUUUUUCCUUCGAUAGACGUGAGGUUAACCGCCGUGGACGAGUCCUUUCUCUUCAUCAUUUUCAAAGUCUUCGACCUGGCCAACGAUCUCCUCAUCUACCGGGCGAACUCUGGAUUCAAGAUCUUCAUCAUCAUCUUCCAGUCCGUGAGAACACUACUGAAAAUUGGCCUGAUGCUGUUAAUUUCGGUUUGGGUCACGGAGGGGUGUCUGUACUACCUGUACGGGCCAGAGGAGCAGUGGGUGAUUGAGGCGGAAGACGGGUCCCCGAAGCAGUCCUCCAUUUUGUCCUGGCACCAGGGCAAGUACAGUUCGAUCGCAAGCUCCAUGUACGAGGCUUUUCUCAACUUCAACGGCGAAUUCCCCCUCGGCGAAGAACACCAAUCGAAUCUCUCCCGGUUUGCGAUUUUCUACGCGGCAACCCUUGGCGCCCUCACGAUUGCGUUUCCCUGUGGUCUGCUCGGGGGCGCGUUGGAGGAGGUCAUGCAGGAGACGGAAACGGAGUCCGGGGAGUUGCGCUCGGACGCUUUUUAUGCAUUGCAAAUAUGUCUGAGUCUGGAAAUUUGUGAUGCUGAACUGUGGAUGAUGAGAACGUUGUUCCGAAUGCAGCCAAGCAUGACAAGCAUGUGGAACGCUUUCUCAUACGCAGUCCGCAUGAGAAAGAACAACUGCGUUUUUGUGUACUAAACAAAAGACGCUGCGACUUUUGGUGGUCAUGCAACACAGAUUGCGCACGAAUGUAAGCCCAGCAUCACAAGUUCCGACAUUCCAGACCCAGAGAUAUUUGCACUGGAUACGUUUGAACACGAGAUUGACAACCUGAUGCACGAUGACGAAGUUUGGCACGCGGUGAAGGCGGGUCAGGAAGACAACCGAGUGAAGGAGAAGAAACUCCUUUCGAUGGACGGCAACAGCUCUUCCAAGGGAGGCGAAGGGAGCAGCAGCAGUAAUUCCUCUGGUUCUUCCACGGAGGUGGAAACCCACGAAAUUGAAGAGGUUUACGACGCGGAUGGCAACCUGGUCUCCCGGAAAUCGCGGACGAAAAACAGCUUGGAUGACCGGAAGGGCAGGGUGAAGUACGGCAUUUACAAGGAGCUCACUUCCAAGCUGGUGAUGUCCCCCUGGGUCAACCGGUUUUUGGAAUUCACGGGAAUCGUGUCCAUCGUUGUCAUGAUGUUAUUCGACCGGGCAGUGACCUCGAAGAUUUUCAGCCACCAAAACCUGGACCGACACGGGGGAGAAUUAGCACCGAUCUACCACAACGACCAUGCGUAUUUCCUCUCCGCGGACCGAACCCCCCUACGCAAGGAAAAAACUGCGUAUAGUGUGAGUCUGUGAUGCAGAAAAUGAAAAAUAGUAUACACUUGUCAUGCCGAACACCCAUAAAGUUUUCCUCUCGUGCGUGUUUUCACGUGCCGUGGCUGGGCAUGACAAACUUUCUCUGUCAUGCGGAGGAAGUUUGUCAUGCUGUCACUCGAAGACACGUACACUAGAAACACAGUUUUUUUCUUUCAUACCCGCGGUCGCAGAGCUACUACUGGGCCAUCAAGAACGCGUUCUGCAAGGAAAACUGCCACGAAAAUUUCCUGGUGGAGGAAUACGGCCGACGGUUGAAGUCCUGUUUGAUCUUUGAAAUCAUCGCCACGCUGCUCUUCUUCAUGCACUACUGCCUGCGGGUGGUGGAAAACAACAAGCACAUGAUCCCGAUUGUCGCCUUGAAACGCCGUUACCGCGUUAUCAUAUGUGAAAACGUCCCCACCCCAGAGUCAAGUUGGGAACUUAGCAACACAAAUCCAGAAGUUUUGGGAGCCGCGCAUGACAAGUUGCACUCCGUAGUGUAGUGCAUUCUAGCAAGGACAACCAUAUCACAAAUCCAUCUGCCCAUCCUGUUUACAGCAUCCCAAAUUCCAGAACACGAUUGGAAAUGCCUCUCAUGGGGAUGCGGAUUACAAAUCUGCGUGUGACUGCAAAUCUGCAUGACAACUCUGGGGUGGCGACGUUUUUACUCAGGAGACGCGAGGAUCAUGAUUUGGAGAUCGACCCCAUCGGCGCCCCAGAGAUGGACCCAAAGUGGAAGCCGCCGAUGUUUAUCUUCACCAUGGACGGGUUGCGCCGGUUGUUGUUCUGGCUUCCCUCUGCGAUCAUGUUCGGCAUGUUUUUGCAGUAUGGGCGGGGCAACCAGGACCAAUUCUUGCACGGUGAGCACAAAACCCUCCCCGGGCCGGAUUACGCCCAGGACUACUUGGUGAUUUGCUACGGGGCUGUGGUAUUCCGCAUUCUCGUGUUGGAACGGAGGAUCGGGGUGUUCCGGAAGAUUUAUUUUCUCAUGUCGGGCGCCUACUACCACCUGUACGAGUGCUUCGUCGUGUGGAGCACCUCUAUUCUGCUGAUCGCCGCGGCGUUUUGGUCCCUGAUGGAGAUUCGAAACCUACGCAAGAAAAAAAGUAUGUGAGUGUAAGUUUGUGAUGCAGAAAGUCCAAAACUGUUAUACGCUUGUCAUGCUGGGUCUGCGUCAUAGGUUACUUUCACAGGUGUUUUCACGUACUGGCUGCGCAUGACAGGUUUUCCCUGCAAUGCAAAGCGAAUUUGUGAUGCUAUUUUCCCUACAGAGUUACACUUACACAGACAGUUUUUUUCCUGGAUAAAACCCCAACGACGAGAUGCGCUUGGAAUGGAUGGGGUCGCCGGGGAAGGUAUUGUGAGGAAAAACGUCCCCACUCGUUAGUCAAGAUGGGAAAUCUGCUAGACAAAUCGACAAACUUUGGUUGUUUCGCAUGACAAGUUUUUUCCACCAGCAGGGUAGUUCUGGUUAGCAUCAAGGGCAGCCGCAUGAGAAAGCCGCCUUCUCAUCCUGGUUACAGCAUUACAAAGUCCAAAAUAUUACGAUUGGAGAUAAAUAAUGCCUCUCAUGGAGAUGCGCAUGACAAAUGUUCCUGUCAUGGCGCAUUUGCAUUGGCGUGGGGACGUUUUUCCACAGGAUAGAAGGCGAUGUGGGUCACGGGGUUAACGCUGACGGGCGAGGCCCCCUGGGAUGAUUUCUCCGGCCAGGGCAUGAGCCGGGCGUUUCACUGUAUUCUGUAUUUAUACGCCGGAGCAAUCUUUGCCUUGCCAGCGGGACUGUUCGCCUCCGCUUACCAAUCCUACAUGCAACAAGCCUUAUGAAUUGCAAAUAUGUCGAGGUCCUCUGGAAGACAGAGAGCAAAGUUUGUCAUGCAUCUCGUGGAUCACAAAGAUGGUCAGAAAUGCACCGAGAAGCUGCAUCACAAAGUUCUUUGCAAAAGCCGCAUGAGAAACUUGAAUCUUGUGGCAAGAACUGGGUAACUUUUGCGGUUCAUGCAACACAGAUUUUUGCACGAUUCAGAGUUAGCAUAACAAGUUUGCAUCCACCUUCCAGACCCAGACAUAUUUGCAGUGGAUAAGCCUACUUCGCGGACGAGAUGUCGAGCUCGGACGACGACGACGACGACGAUGACGAUGAUGACGAAGAUAUCCUGAGUAAAAACGUCCCCACACCAUACAUAGUCAAGUUGAUAAAUCUGCAACACAAAUCUUCGAGUUUUGGGAGUUACGCAUGACAAGUUUCCAUCUGUAGUGUAGUGCUGUUUAGCAAGGACAGCAGCAUCACAAAGACGCCUGCUCAUCCUGUUUACAGCAUUACAAAUCUUCCCGGAACACGGCUACAAAUUGCUCUCCUGCGGAUGUGCAUUACAGAUUUUUCUGUAGAUGCAAAUCUGCAUGACAGCUAUGGGGUGGGGAUGUUUUCAAAUAGGAUAGAAGACUCGAGCGACGAGACGGAGAAAAAUGAGGAGAGCGGAGUAGGCGCUUCUGGGGAAUACGACGAAGAGUACGACGCAAAUGAAGAGAAUGGGGAGGAAUACAACGAUGAGGAGGGAUACGGUGCCUCGGACGCGGGCUACAGUGCCGGGGGAUACGGACAAUCCGACGGGCAGAUGUCGGAGUACGUAUCCCACGAAAAAACUGUUUCGCUGUGACGAUUUUGCAAGAUCUGCACCACAAGUUUGUUACACAUGACAAAGAAAACUUGGCAUGCGUGCUUCCUAAGGGAAAACACAGCUAAAAAUCCAAUGUCUUGCAUGUGUAGCAGGACAAACGCAUUUGCGUUCCGUUCUAUGCAUCAUAAGUUCACAGUGAAACAGUUUUUUCUUGCGAUAGUACGGGCAACAGCUCUACUACUCCGAGGGCGACCACAAGAAGCAGAAUAAAACCGCGUCGUCGUCUAAAAUUUCAUCGGGUGCAAAAAAAACUUCUACGAACAAGCGGAAAGACAAAGAAGAUGUGAAGACUUGGAUGAAACGGAAAAUAAUUCCGGCGUCGAAAGAUAAGCACCAGAAGGAAGGAAAGCACAAGGCCAGCAAUUACGAGGGGUACGACAGUCAGAACUACGACGAAGACGGAGCGUACCCGGACAGCAGCGCUUCCUUCGGUCCAGGAGCAGGCAAUUACCCGGAGGGGAGUGCGCUUCAGUCCUACGACUCCCAAGAACCGGGCUCCAGCGGCAUGGAUAGCGAGUUGUACCGGUCUAGUUUACGCACGUCACAGCAAACCGGCGCGACUUCAGCGUACACUUCCGGGUUCGCUUCCUCCAUGUUGAAGAGCGGGAAGAAGAGCAAGAAAACCCAGGAGGAGGAAGAAGACGAGUGGUACGCGAAGCACGAGAAAAUGUUGCAGGACAAGGAGUUAGCUGAAGAAUUGUUACCGGAACGCUCCGACAAAACUCCCCUUGGAAGCGGCUGGUACGAAUUCAUGUGGACGACUAACACGGAGUACGGCCGACUCUACUCCAUUUUCGUCGGGAUCUUGGUUUUCCUCUCUAUCGCGAUCACGACUGUUUACACCUGCCACGGGUACACCGCGAUUCUGAUGGUGCCGGAGCUGCAGCACGAGCUGUCUCUCAUCCAGGUGGGGACGACCGCAGAGUACUUUGAGGGCACGGAGAGAAAGCUCAUUGUGGACGUGAACAGCACGAGAGAAGCCGAGGAAAUGGCCGCGAAGGACGCGAAAGCGUUACACACGCCGCGGAAAAUGACGCGGGAUUUGAAAAAAACCCCACCGGAAGAAAUCAAAUCUGACUUUCCCUACGAGGUUGGUGAUCCGCCCAAGAAUUUUUACCGCGACAAAAAAUUCAUCGCUAUCGGGAUGGGAGACCAGGACUCCGUCUACCAAAAUGAGUUCAACCAGAUGGCCAUGUAUGCAAGACAAGUUUACCGUAUUAUCAAUGGACAGAAUGCAUCACAACUAACUUUGCCAAUCUGAACUACGUACUUUUGUCAUGCUGCGUGACUAUUGGGGAAAAGUUUUGUCAUGCAGAAAUAACGCCAGUACACAGUCUAUUAUACGGUAGGUUUGCUGUGGAUACGAUGUUCUGGGCACUGACUCCGGUGAAGUCGACGACACCCACUGGGGAAGACGCCGGCGACAAGAUAUCAAAUGCAAAAAUGUCUGGGUCUGGAACAAAGCAACUUGUCAUGCUAAAUCUGAAUCAUGUAAAAGUCUGUGUUGCAUGAUUACCAAAAGCUGUCCACUUUUGACCUAAUCGCGAGGCAAUUUCUCAUGUAGGAUAGGCAUGAUAGAACUCUCACAGAAUCUGUCAUGGUAUGUCCUACAUACCAGAGCUCGUGGGUCAUGGAAAACGUGCAUGACAAGUCUGGCAUUCUUCCAGAAUCACACACUUUUGCAGUUGAUACAAGAUGAUGGAGAUCGACGAAGAAACGGGCGCGGUUCGCUUGCACAAAAACGUCAAGUACCGCUUUCUAUCUACUGCAAAUAUGAUGUCUGGGCCUUCGAGAUUGUGAGAUUUGUCAUGCUAGUCUGGUAUGACUCCGCGCUCUGUAUUGCGUGGCCGCAAAGAGCUCCUCUUGCCUGUCAUGCAAAGACGCACUUUCUCAUGCGGAUUACGCAACUCAGAACCACGGACAGAUUUGUCAUGCUCGGUAGUGCAUCACAAUGUGCGCAAUGUUCCCUGACUUGCAUCACAAGUUUCCAGACCCAGGCAUAUUUGCAAUGCAUACUUCCGCGGCGCCUACGACGCAGCGGUGUACCAGCAUCGAUACGGAUCGGAAAUAUCCUGGGCGGAUAUCAAGAGGAAAGAUCCCCCCUCCACAUAUCAAAACGAAGUUUCUGAUGCUGGAUCUCAGUAUACAAAUCAGAUUUGUCUUGCAGUAGAGGACUGCAGGCAUAUGCCAAGCCUGAGGCGCGAGGUUUUGGCGUAGGCCCCUAGCAUUCAAAACGUCGACGGUGUAGGCAUAACAGCAUUACAAACCGCCUGCGUAAUACGGCGGAGUCUCUGGAUUUGCCUUCAUGCAAGACAGACCGGAUUUGUGACUACAAAUCUGCAUCACAGAUUUUCAGAAAAAUGCGCUUUCAAUAUGGGGAGGCGGGAUUUUUCCUCACAAUAGCGGACGCGGUCGGGGAGCAGUACGUCACGAAGUUUUUCCGGGUGUUAGACAUCCCUACCAACCACGCGUUCAUGAACCGCGCCAUGAUCGAAAAAUUCUCCCACGGCGAGGAUCGGUUUAUGGUCUGCGCGCGCGAGAACAGCCAGUUAUCUAGUAAAAAAGGAUCGUACUCGUAGUAAUUGCAGCUAUGCAUUUACAAAUCUUUUUCCUAAGGUCAAUCAGCAUUACAAAUCCCAUUUCUCAUGCUAAGGAAAGUUGUAAUGCAAUUCCUACUAGUACGAUAGUGCUUUUGCAAUUCAUACCAGUUGCGGGAUAACAAGCAGAUGCGGCUUAUCCUGAGUAAAAACGUCCCCAUACCAGAGUUGUCAUGCAGAUUGGCAAUUACAUUUACAGCAACAUUUGGAAUACGCGCCCGCAUGACAGGCAUUUCCAGUCGUGUUUUGGAAUUUGUAAUGCUGUGAGAAGAAUAGGAGAAUGGCUUUGCUAUGCGGCUGUGCCUGCUACCCGCCUGUACUACAGUACAGAGAGAAACUUGUCAUGCGUCGUCCCCAAAACUUCUGGAUUUCUUUUGCUGAGUUGCCAACUUGACUCUGGGAUGGGGACGUUUUUGCUCAGCAUACGGCUGACGAUCCGGGAGCAGCCGGAUUUUCACCACGUAGACGAGCACCACGUGGAGCAUGCAGACCACAAUUUGGACGACGACGAUGAGGAGGAUCCUAGGUAGAGUUUGUACUGUGAUACUCGUAGUCGAUGCGCAUGACAAGUUUUAUCCGAUUCUAUUUCGCAUCUCCGCAUGACAAAUUUUUCACCAUAUAAUCAAAAGGUACUGGGGCGACGCAGACGAUGACAUCGGCGACUUCGAAGUCACGAAGCCCGAGGAGCUUUCCGGUGCAGGGCUGUGGUCUUCCUCCGAUGUCUACCUCCCUCUCCCCGUCACGGAUGACGCCUGCUACAUCACGCAUUGGAACGCCCGGCAGACCUGCGAAAUGGUGGGAUUGACCUCGAAACAUUUGCCGAAGCAAAGGUCCGAAGAUGUGGACCUAGUGAUAAACGCGUUUAAGUACGAAAAACCGUUUGGCGGCGCGAAGGGGGGAACUGCUGGUGCAGCGGCCGAGCCGCUAAGUUCUUCCUCGUUCCUCCAGACGUUAUUGGAAACCGCAGAGGCGAUGGGAUUGUCUUCCCGGGUGGAGAGUAGGGCGGAUAAGAAAGACAAAAAGGACAAGAAGGACAAAAAAGAUAAGAAGGAGAAAAAAGCAGCUGCAGCACCAACGGAUGAGGAUGUCGCGGAAGCUAUGCACAGCAAAUAUUUCUGGGCCUGGAAGAGUGCAAGUUUGUUAUGCUUGUGUGGCAGAACUCUUAGAUCUGUGAUGCAUGAGCAGGAGAAGGGCCUCUUGCGUGUCAUGCAAAGACGCAGUUUGCCAUGCGGAAAACGAAACACGUAGCAGCUUAAAGACUUGUCAUGCUUGGCUGCGUAUUGAAGUGCGCAUAUCAUUCACUUCUAGCAUUACAAGUUUCCAGACUCCCAGACAUGUUUGCAUUUGAUAGAAGCGGCGAUUGAACAAGAGUUCGCCGCGGAACAGGCGGUAUCCUGUGCAAAAAUAUCGUACUCGUAGUCAUUGCAGUCAUGCAUUACAAUUUUUUUUCUCAAGGUAAAUCCGCAAUACAAAUUUUAUUUCUCACGCUGAGGGAAUUUGUCAUGCAUUCAUACGAGUACGAUACUUUUGCACUUCAUAGGCGGCAAAUGGCGCCGGAGCUGCGGGUCCCGCUGCCCCGCCACAAUACACGGUUGCCAUGGCGUUCGAUCUAGACCACGUGGAAUACCUCGACCGGUUUCGCAUGGUGGAGCAAUUGAAAACCCACAUCUCCCAAUCCGCGCACGAGAUCGGGCUGGUGUUGCCCUUGAAGCAGGAACACAACUGCGGGUUUGCAUUGGAGGUAGCAAUCAUGACGCAGCUAUCAAAUGCAAAAAUGUCUGGGUCUGGAAGAUUGCGAGACUUGUCAUGCUUGUCUGGCAUGACCAAAAAGUUUGUGAUGCGUUUCCAAGACGAGACCCUUUCGCCUGUCAUGCAAAAACGCAGUUUGUCAUGCGAAAAACGCAACACAAAGAAGGGCAGAUAUUUCUCAUGCUUGCCUGUGCAUUACAGAGCAUGCACUAUUCCCAACGCAGCAUUACAAGUUUCCAGACCCAGACAUUUUUGCAGUUGAUAGCAGCACGGAUCGGAUCGGUUUUUGAAUGAAUUGAUGCGGACGGAUAUGGAAGAAAAAAACUAUGUAAGUGUAAAUCGGUGAUGCAGAACAUGCAACAGAGUUACGCCUGUCAUGCCAGACAGCCACGAGGUCCUCUUUCCAAGUGUGUUCUGCCUUACAGACCACGCAUGACAGGUUUUCUCUGUGGUCAUGCAGAGCAAAUUUGUGAUGCUGUCAGCCGAAGAAAGCUACACUUACACAGUUUUUUUCUUGGAUGACGGACGUGCACAUUCUCCACACGGAGCGAGUGCAGCACCCGGAUGCUAUCAUCGCGAUGAACAACAUCGCGCAGCAAAUCCCCGACAACCCGGUGACAAAACCGGUCGAAUCCAACACGCCGCCGACGACUGUUCAAGAGCCUCUGACCGACGGGAUUCACUCUUCGGACAUCAACAUUGUCGCGGAGGAAGAGAAGGACAAAAAACGCCAGGACGAGGAGAGGAAAAGACAAGAAGAGCUGGAGGACGAGGAGGAACUGCAAAGGGAAAAGGACGAAGCCGCCGGUGCAAAGGAUGGCGAGGCCGAUUUAGACGCCGUUCUCACCGACGAAGAGCAGCCCAUGACCGAUGCCCCUCCGAAUGGGGCUGCGAACCCGAGCAAGGGCGGUGGAAAAGGUACUGAAAACACCGAUGAAGGUGAUCACUCCGACGAUCAUGGGCAACUCAACACGCCUGCUGAGCAUCAGGAUGAAGAAAACUCGUCCCCACCGGGAAAGUUGGACCCCUCCGUUCCCGGUCAGAAGAUCACGCCCGGAGAUGUGGUCAAAUUGGCGCAGAAGGGCUAUUCCGUGGACGAAAUCGUGCAGGUCACGACCCAAGCGGGGCAACCUUUACCCAAGCCCGUGGUCGCCACCAUCAUACAGAAGGCGGCGCAAGCGGGGCUGAUCCCGCAAGAAGCCCGCGCGGUCUCCGGGAGCGCCCGGAGCGCGGGGCUAAAUGGACAGUUGGGCGCAGCAGGAGCUGCGGGAGCCGGGGCGGUUGCUGGGGCGGCCGGCGCGAUGGCGGCGAAUGGAAUGAUGAAUAACGGUGGAGGUGCAGAUGGUGGGGACGAGGAGGAGGAGCACGACGAUCACGAUGAGCAUGGAGAUGAUGAGAUGCACGACGACGGUUCGGAACACCAUGAUGACGACGAUGGUGGCGAAGAGGGUGAUGACCAUGACGACGGCGGUGAAGAGGAGGGCGACGAAAACGAAGAGCCCGGCGCGUUUCUGCAAUUGAAAAUAAAGCGGGAAAAAAAGAAGCUAAAACUGAAAUUAUCGAAGAAACAAAAGCUCAAACAAGACUUGCAGAUGCUAAAUGACUCCUUCGAGUUCGCGAGCACCCACGCCAAGUCGCAGAUUCUGCAGAGCAUGUGGUGGCAGACACCGGUGGAAAAAUUGGUGAAAACGGUGGAAGAAGUGGAAUUAGAGUUCGCGGAGUUGGAGCACAGACAGGCAGUCGAGGCACAGAUGCGAAGCAGCAAAGCGGAGGCAGAAGAAGAAGGAAACGACGACUCCUCCUUCCGCCCCCCGCGUGCCUUUAUUCAAAAGAAGGAAAGCCAAACCUUUUUCCCCGGCAACCACGACCACUCGCACAAUUUGCACGAGUUCGGGCGUACCAAAUGCAAAUAUGUCUGGGUCUGGAAAGUUCUGAACAAACUUUGAAUGCUGGUCUUGCAUUCCGGUGAAAUCUGUAUUGCAUGACCAACAAAAGCGGUAGCCUCUCAUGUCAUACAAAAACGCAGUUUUUCAUGCGAAAUUCGUAUGGGAAAGCGUUCUGCAAACUUGUCACGCUUUCCUGCAUGAGGAAGUGCUUUCCUCUUGCACUUUUUAGCAUCACUACAAAUUCCCAGGCCCAGACAUAUUUGCAUUUGAUAGGGCGGACAAUGCGGCAGUUCAAGCAAGCGGGGGGACACAUUGCGCACUUGCAGGGCAAGAUUCCCGGCGUCAGUGCGGGGUUGACAAAGCACCCGGAGAAUCUAAGGAUCUGGUUUACCAUCCGGUCGCUCAACAAGAUGCUGCAGGAAAACAACACUGAGGAGAUUAAGAAGUCGCUGAACAAACUCGCGUCGGUGAUGAUUGCGACCGAGGCAAAGUUUUUAUCAAAUGCAAAUAUGUCUGGGCCUGGAUUUGUGAUGCGAACUUUGAAGGACGACAAAAUCUGUAAUGCAUGCAUGCGAUGGAUCGGCUUUCUUAUCGUGCUGGAAGGCAGUUUGUCAUGCUAAAUACGAAUGAGUGCUCCGCAAGGAGCCGAGGGAAAUUUCUCAUGCUCUUGUGCCGUACCAGCAGCCAGUCUGCAAUGCAAGCAUCAGCAACAGAAGUUUCCAGACCCAGACAUGUUUGCAAUGCAUAGUUCUUGGACAGUGACAAAUUCAAGAUCGUCGCAAAAUUGGUAACGAGAAGUGCAGCGCGUAAGCCGUUCACGAUUCAAGCCGCGAGGAACGCGAACCCGACAAGCGAUGUCGAGAAGAAGGUCUACGACAGGGCUACUGCGACCAAUGCGGCUUUCUUGAAGGAUAAGCUCUUCCAGGUUUACUUACCCGCGGAUGAGUUCGAUCAUUUAGCGAAAUUCACCGUCAGCAAGGACGAGGCGAUGGCGGACCUCAAGGAACAAACCCAUGCCGAUGACUGGUUUAUCAAUUGCAAAGACGUCUGGGUCUGGAAAAAGUGAACUUGUGAUGCUGGCCUUACAUUCCAAGGAAAUCUGUAUUGCAUGACUACUUAACAAAUGCACAGUGUUCUUUGUGAUGCAAAAACGCAGUUUGUCAUGCGCGCUACGCCUGAGACCGCGUUGCAAGAACUUGUCAUGCUUGGCUGCAUUCGAAAGCGUUUCAGUCAUGCACAUUUUGGCAUCACAAGUUUCCAGACCCAGACGUAUUUGCAUUGGAUAUGGUUUUCGUUUCUGCAAUUCUACGAUGUCGAUUACGUCGACGAUAUCGAGGAGCUGAUGGGGUUCGAGCCCAGUCAGUUGCUAGCCCGGUUCAUGAAGUGGCUGGAUUUGAUCGUCCUUCUCUUGCUCCUCGUGGACUUCCUUCUCGCCACGUUUUCCGCGGCCAAUCUCUGGUACUGCCGAACCCUAGCCGGUUUCGGGCACGGGGUGUUCCUGAUCGCCGCGGCGACGACGUCCAUUAUGCGGGUCUAUUCGCGAAACCUCUACAUCACUUUUUCAGACAACGAUCCGCGGAAGGGGAUUGAGGAUAUUGCGGCCUUCGCCGUCGCGGCCCGGAUGUUCAUCAUCUGCGUCAUCGAUCGGUUUUCCCCCUCCCUGCGGAUUCUUUUGAGAAUCUUCACGAAAUACGGCACCGAGCUGUGGUGCAUUUUCUACGGGUUCAUUUGUUUUCUCCUCAUCUUCACCUACUUCAUCCGUCUAUGCAUUGCAAAUCUGUCUGGGUCUCCUGGAAGAUUGCAACUUGUGAUGCUAACUUUGGAUACUACAAAAAUUUGUAUAGCAUGAAGAGCAAGAGGACUCCAGUUGUUGCUAUGCGGAGACGGCAUUUCUCAUGCGGGAUAGGCAUCAAGAAGGCCGUGAAAAACCUGCGAUGCUAGGGCAUGCAUCACAAACAUCAUGGGUCAUGCAAAAUGUGCAUGACAAACUAACGCUCCACGCUUGCAGACCCAGACAUAUAAUUUGCAGUUGAUACCGUCUCUGUGAGUAUGACGCGGUGGAUUUAGCUCCGGAAGCGGAAGAAGAGGAAUCGUCUUUAAGAUCCCGAUACUACUCCUUCGUCGCGUCGUUGCAGUUCAUGAUGAUUCACUCCACCGGGGACUACCUAUCGCGAGAAAAAAACUGUGUAAGUGUAAAUUUGUCUUGCAGAAGAUGCAACAGAGUUACGCCUGUCAUGCCAGACAGCCAUGAAGUCCUCUUUUCCUGUGUGUUUUCCCUUACAAACCACGCAUGACAGGUUUUCUCUGUCAUGUAGAGCAAAUUUGUGAUGCUGUUCCUCAAAGAAAGUUACACUUACACGCUUUUUUUUCUGGAUACUACCCGCUCGUCGAGUACUGCUUGCUGGCCAGGUUGAUCCACUUUGUGAUGUGGAUUUUCAUGACGGGGUAUGAGAGUGCACAUAGCUCCCCCUCCCCCUCCCCUUCCCCCUCAUUUGUAUAGCAUGAACAGCAAUACAAACACCAGCGCACGUGCAUGCUGUGCAUGACAAGUUUAUGCACGGAUUGUAGUGCUGUGUUUGGGCAGCUUCCAGCAUUUGUCAUGCAUAAUACUGAUCCAAGGGAACAACUGGAUUUGGAUUUUGCAUGAGAAAUGAGAACGAGGGGGAAUUGCGCACGUUCAUACGGGGUUCCUAGGCGCGCCGGUCGGGUUGAUCACCGCGAUCAUCAUUCACGAGAUGAAGCUAUGAAAUGCAAAAAUGUCUGGGUCUGGAAUGUUUCCGGGUUUGUCAUGCAUAUUUUGCAUGACCCAGGAUGUCUGUAAUGCAUGACCUAGCAUCACAGAUUUUUAGAAAGCCUCCUGAUGCCUAUUCCGCAUGACAAAUGCCCUCCCCGCGUAGCACAAACUAGACUCCUGUUGCUGAUCAUGCAAUACAGAUUUUUGUAGAGUCCAAAGUUAGCAUCACAAGCUCCAACCUUCCAGACCCAGACAUUUUUGCAUUUGAUAGAAGCGGGCACGAAGGACCAUGCGGCAAAACGACCAGAACGGGUAUCGUGUGCAAAACUAUCGUACUCGUAUGAAUGCAAGUCUUGCAUUACAAAUCUUUUUGCUAAGGCAAAUCCGCAUGACAAAUGCCAUUUCUCAUGCUAAGGAAAUUUGUAUUGCAAUUUCUACUAGUACGAUACUUUUGCAAUGCAUAACGGGGCGGCCAUCACGAUUCAAAAAACCUGGCGCAUGUACCGGCAACUCUCACUGAUGAGAAAAGCGGUGCAGGAAAAGGCGCUGGAAUCCGAGGAACGACUGCGGAAGUUCCGGGAAGAAAAUCCGGAUUUGCGGCCGAUCUUAAAGAAACGGGAGACCAUGAAGGGCAAAGGGAAAAAGGGCAGGAAAUCGGAAUUCGCCGGCGAGGAGAUGAUAUGCAUUGCAAAAGCAUCGUACUAGUAGAAAUCGCAUUACAAAUUUUCGCAGCAUGACAAAAGGAGUUUCUCAUGCUGAUUUACCUUAAGAAAAAGUUUUGUGAUGCAUGAUUGCAAUUACUACGAGUGCGAUACUUUUGCACAGCAUACAUAAAGGGCCGGAAGAGCCGGAGCUCCCGGAGGAGCUCGAUGUCCCGGGGGACGGUGCUGACUUCCGGAGAGACCGAGCAAUCCUACGACGGCACGGAAGAUGGCUCUCAGGAGAUGAUGAGCAGUGUCCGGUCGAGCACGGCGUCUAGCGCAACGACGGGCACCAGGGCUUCAAAGAGGAAAAAGGGGUCGCAGAAGGUAUGGCUUGCUCAGACGUUACAAUCUCAAACGUUUUACAAUAGAAUCUGAAAUUUGUCUUGCAUAAACAGCAUGAGUACCGUACAGAGACUUGGGGUUUUCGCAAUACAAAUUUCGCCAGAUUCUCAUGUGGUUUGGAGCUCCGAAACUUGUCAUGCGCGCUCCUGUGGGAGUUGGCCAGAUGUUGCACAUUUUGCAACACAAAUUCCAGAUUCUAUUCGUAACGUUUGAGAUUGUAACUACACCUGAGCGCGUUAUAGAAGGGCUCCCAGCUGAGCUCGGUUGCAGAAGACGAUGGGGAAUAUGAUAGUCAGUACGAUUAUGGAUUGUAACAGUGUCGGGGUCUGUGGAAACUUGUGAUGCUGGGUGGCGUAUCAUGAGGAGGCCACAAGUGCUGGCUCAGCAUGACAAGUUUCUGAGCUUCUUCUAGGUGUUGCCUAUUAUGCAUGACAAACUGCGUUUACGCAUGACAGAAAAAUGGCGCAGCUCUUGCGUAACGUGCAUGACAGAUUUAAGAGUCAUGUCAGAGAAGCAUGACAAACAUGCAUUCUUCCAGACCCAGAUCGAUAUUUGCACUUGAUAACGAUGAAAACGGCGAGGCGUACCCGGAAUCUGGGGAGUAUGACGAAAAUGGUAUCCUGAGUAAAAAUGUCCCCACACCAGAGUUAAGAUUGGAAAUCCGCUAGACAAAUCCAUAAGCUUUGGCUGUUUCGCAUGACAAAUUUGGACGCGUAGUGUAGUGCUGUUUGAGCUAGUUCAGCAGCAUUACACAUCUAGUAUCUCAUGCUGAUUGGACCAUGACAAAUUGGAAUUUCCAAACCGCAUUAGAAAAUGCUGCUCAUGGGGCUCCGCAUGAGAAACAUUUUAAACAUGCAGAGCUGCAUGACAACUAUGGUGUGGGGACGUUUUUACACAGGAUAAACGGGGAGGAGAAUUACGGCGAAUCCGGGGAGUACGACGAAAAUUACGACGAAGGUGGCCAGCAAGGCGGCCCCGGGGGCUUCGUUGCCGGCGGCGGGUUGGCCGCGAAUUUUGAGGGAGGGCACAAAGCAGCAUCGUCCAGUAGGAACAAUGCGUCGAAGAACAAAGUACUAGGCACAACGUCCUCUUCUUCUUCCUCAUCAACUUCGUCCUCCAAGCGGUCCACCAGCAGCAAAACCGCAGUGGAGCCUAUUCCGACGAUCGCAGGAGGAAGAUCAUCUACUACUUCAUCAAGGGCGGGAGAUAAAUCAAGAAGUACUUCUUCGAGUAGAAAUCAACAAAACAAAGCCCCGGUGCGCGUUACCACAACAACCGGGCCAGAUGGGAAGCCGAAACAGGUAUUUCAAUUUUAUACGAAUUGCAAAAUUGUCUGGGUCUGGAAGAAUGCAGACUUGUCAUGCAGGUUUUUCAUGACCAAUGAGGUCUGGAAUGCGGGACCUAGCAUGACAGACUUUUUGAGGUCUCUGUCAUGCCUCUCCUGCAUGAGAAACUCCGUCCCAACAUGGUCGAAAGUGGACAGCUUUUGGCUCUCGUGCAACACAGAUUUUUGCAUGAUUCGGAUUUUGCAUGACAAGUUGCAAUCUUCCAGACCCAGACAUUUUUGCAUUUGAUAUUUUACGAUGAGGAGCAGGAAUACACGGACGAAGACUACUAUGAGAGUGCACAGCUCUCCCUCGUCCCCCUCCUUUGUCAUGCAAAACCCCAAAGCCAAGCGAAGCCCAAGCGCUGCCUCUUGUGGCGCUGCUUGCAUCACAAAUUCAUCUACUUCGGAAAGCUUAAACAGUACCAGGCUAGGCGCAUGGAUUUGUCAUGCACAAGCUCCACGGGUGCUGGUGUUUGUAUUGCUGCGGACGCCAUACAAAUGAGGGGCAGGCGAAGUUGUGCACUUCCAUAACAGCCACGAAGACCUGGCAACCCAAUCGGAGGGGACGUACCCAAGUGAAGAAGACGGGGGCGAUAUCCUGAGCAAAAAUGUCUCCACCCCAGACUUGUCAUGCAGAUCUGCAAUUCCAGCAACAUUUGGAAUGCGCACCCCCACGACAAGCAUUUCUGGUCGUGUUUUUGUCAUGCGUCACCCCCAAAGCUUCCGGAUUUGUGUUGCUGAGUUCCCAACUUGAAGACUCUGGGGUGGGGACGUUUUUGCUCAGCAUAGGCGACGGGGAAGAAAGCAAGACCCAAUACUGGUCGAGCUCCUACGCAUAUGCAAGAAAAAAGCUGCGUAAGGUCUGUGAUGCAGGAAAUGCAAAACUCUAUACAUUUGUCAUGCUAGAUGUGCGUCAUAGGCUUAGGCAACUUUCACACGUGUUUCCGCGUACUAGCUGCGCAUGACAGGUUCUAUUCCCUGUAAGCAUGCAAAACGAAUUUGUGGUGCUGUUCUUCCUACAAAGUUACACUUACACAGGAGCUUUUUUCCUGGAUAACGCCUCCGGCCACACCUCCGUCUCCCACUCCUAUCGAUCCUCCGGCAUGCCGUCCGGCGCGGCGAAGUCGUUGGCCAAGAUGUCCAGUCAGUACAGCGGGGAGGGGCAGGAAGAGGAGGCAAUAAUUCCCCCGAUUCCCAACACAAAACAGGGGCGGAGGCAGAAGAGGAACCUCGCGCUGGGCCUCGUUGCGGACCAACCCAGGUACCUGAACGACAGGUUCGGUCUGUUCUACCAGUACUUCAUGCUCACAUAUCCGGAGUAAAAACGUACCCACACCAGAGUCAGGAUGAGGAUUUUGCAACACAAACCUAGGAGUUUUGUGAGUCACGCUUGACAAAACAAGUUGGACUAUGCAGUGUAGUGCAGGUUAGCAAGUGCAGCCGCGUCACAGAUUCAUCUGCUCAUCCUGUUCACAGCAUCACAAAUUCCAAAACAGAAUUGGAAAUGGCUCUCAUGGGGAUGCGCGUUACAAGUCUUCCUGUCUUUGCAAAUCUGCAUUACAACUCUGGUGUGGCUACGCUUUUACUCAGGAUAUCACAUGUCAUCUGUUUACCACCAUCGACGGCAUAUUCCAAUCCUGUGACGCGUCGCUGUACGUGCUCGCGGGCGAGGACGCGCGGCAGUUCACCAGCAAGGGCUACGCAACCCCAGAGGUAGGGGAUUGGGCGUUUGGCUUUUUUUGCAUCGAGUGCGUGUUGUUCGUGUUUUACGUGAUCGAGUAUUCGCUGUACCUCCGGGCGGCCCCGGACAACGUGACCAGUAAAUUUUCCGUCGUGUACGAGCUGUUUGGCUUCGUCAGGGUGGUUGACGCUGUAUUACUAGCCGCGUUCGUGUGGCUGGUUCUCGAGCAGCUCUUUUUACUGGAUCCGGAGGAAUGGCCACAAGUGGUACAACUGUCACAUGAAGCGACGCUUGUUUUAAUAUUGGGAAAAAUGCGACGAGAUAAAUUGAAUAAGGAAUGUCAAUGUUUUAUUCCUUGUGUGGUCUGCAUGAUCAUGAAUUUUGAAAUCAGCACAACCAUGAUCUUCAUUCAUUUUUGCAUCAAAUAAAGUGAAAAAAAUCGGUCACAGGCUCGUCUCGACGCCCAAGGUGAGAAAACGCGGAUGCCAGAAAACGAGUACCACGCCUUGUUCGCCAACAACUUUCUCCAGUGUGUCCUUGCUCUGCACGUGAUCCAUUUUGUUAACCUGGGCUUCUUCCGCGGGAUCCGCAGCUUCUACAACGGCAUGGGGUAUCCUGAGUAAAAACGUCCCCACACCAGAGUUGUAAUGCAAAUCUGCAUGCCAAAGAAGUUUAUCAUGCUGAGCCCCAUCAAAGGCAUUUUCUACUCGUGUUCUGGGGUUUGUGAUGCUAUAAUCAGCAUUAUAUGCUAGAUCUGUUAUGCUGCUGAACUACCUAAACAGGAUUACUCAUUACAAGGAUAAACUUGUCAUGCGAAACAGCCAAAGCUGGUUGAUUUGUCUAGCAGAUUUACCAUCUUGACUCUGGUGUGGGGACGUUUUUAGUCAGGAUAUGGGGACCUUUUUCGUCAUUUUCCAGGGCGGACUGUCGUUGUCGCUGUUCACGCUGUAGCAAAUGCAAAUAUGUCUGGGUCUCGGUCUGGAAGAUAGAUUGCCACGUUUGUCAUGCACGUUUUGCAUGACCCAUGACGCCUGUAAUGCAUGCCCUAGCAUCUUCACAGAUUCUCACAGGGCUUCCUGAUCAUGCGUAUCUCGCAUGAGAAACGCCCUCCCCGCGUGGCACAAACUGGACUCCUCUUGCUAGUUUAUGCAAUACAGAUUUUUCUGGAAUCCAAAGACAGCAUCACAAGUUACCACCUUCCAGACCCAGACAUAUUUGCAAUGCAUACGCUGUGCGUCUGCUCGGGUCUUUGGUGGUACGCGGAGCGCGAGAUGGGUGGGGCGUUUGACUCCAUUCCGACGAGCAUGAUGUACACGCUCUUCUUUCUGCUCGGCGAGUGGGUCACGCCGGACUUUGAGACAUACACCGGGAUCUUCCUCUGCUACUUCCAGUGUUUCCUCGGCCUGAUCUUCUUCGGUAUUCUGGUCGGCGCGCUGUCCGACUUGAUGUCGGACAUUUUGGAGCACUAUGUCAAGUUCCGGGACAGUCUAGACUUCUCGCACGGACGACAGUACUACCUGGACAAAGAAAAAAUGGCCCGGCACUUGGAGCUCGACUCCCACAUCAAGCGCCGAGGAAGCUACAUCGCGGACAUCAAGGCUGGGGUUGAUCUCGAUGCUGACGCUUUAGCGGAUGCCGGGUUCUUAGCCGCCGGCGCGUCCAAGAAAUCCAUCGUGUCAACGGACACGGGACCGCGGAGGGACACGGUCGCGGAAAAGUAUCUGGAAACGGACAAGCAAAUUUUUGACUACCACCAACACCUAGACGCGAAGUACCGCGACGCGGCCAAGUCAAGAGAAAGCAAGUAUCGUAAGCAAAAAUCCACCCUCCCCAUAUCGAAAAGGAAGCCAACGAAAAUUUGCAAUGCUGAUUUGUUAUCACAGAUCGCCUGUGAUGUCUUGCAAGAAGGCAACCCCACAGGCUGCGCCGCAUUGUGCAGGCGGUUUGUAAUGCUGCUGGGCCUACAGGGUGGACAUUUGUAAUGCUAGGCGCCUAUGUCAAAAGCAAAACCUCGCCGCCGAGGGUUGGCAUAUGCCUGCAGUCUUCUACUGCAAGACAGAUCUGACUUGUGUACGCAAAUCCAGCGUCACAGAUUUCCUUUUCGAUAUUGGGAGGGGAGAUUUUUCCUUUUGAUAGCAAGUUGAAGCGAAAUUUCGGCGGCGGAGUCCUAGGGCCGGUGCGCCCCCCGCCGAAAAAGAACGAGGAGGACGACGACGCGGCUCGUAGAUCCACGACUCGGAGCAUGGUGCUGGAUGGCGCACCCCGACGGAGCAGCGCACGGGAAGUGGAGUCCGUCGAGGACGAUGGACAGGAGGAGGGUAUAUGCAUUGCAAAAGUACAUCGUACUCGUAGCAAUUGCUUGCAGUUAUGCAUUACAAAUCUUUUUCUUGAGGUAAUUCCGCAUUACAGAUUCCAGUUCUCAUGCUGAAGAAAUUUGUCUUGCAAGAACCUAUACUAGUACGAUGAUUUUCCACUGGAUAGUGUAGCGGCAACUACGACUCCAAGGGGAGCUACGACGAGAACCAGGAGAAUGUAUCACAGGAAAAAAGUGUUACAGUUACACACUUGUUGGAGUUUCUGCAUCACAGGGUUGCUCGACAUGGCAAAGAAAACCUGUGAUGCGCAGACUAUAAGGGAAAACAUGAAUGAUACGAGGCUGGGAUGCAUUUCUUGCAUGACAGAGGUUGUCUGUCUUGCGUGUCUUCCACCAGAGUGUGUACCUGUAACGUCUGUUUUUUCUCGGGAUAGAAUGGCGAGGGGGGCUACUACGAUGACGAUGGAAACUGGGUGUCCACCGCGGAUGGGGAUCAGGGCGAGCAGGGGGAGUAUGACGAGGGGGAAUAUGAAGAGGGAGCUGGUGCGGGGGAAGGUCAGUACUAGGUUAAUCCAGAAUUAGCAAAAUCAGAAGAGAAAUUUGUACUGCAGAAAAAUUUUUUCGGCUCGCAUUCGCAAGUGGUUUCAGAUUCAUAGCCUAAAUCCGUUUCAAAGUCUAUGACAGCGUAGGCAUCAAAAUUCGUGAUUAUUAUUUUCAGUUUAAAGCACACUUUACCGACCUUAGGUUAGAACCUUAUUGUUCAGAAUAAACAGAUUCAGAUUUCGAUUUCAUUUAGUUACGCUUAUCAGACGUGUUGUCACUUAUUUAUUGCAGAAUUUAUAUAAUUGAUCACAGACAAAGAAAUCAUCGGAGUACUUAUCAAAAACUUCAAACACCAAUGGGACAUCAGUUGUCGAUCUUGUUAAUGCUUUUUCAGUUUACAGCAAGAACACCAAAUUUAGAGAGCUUUUUGCGUUUACCCUUGCGGCCUCCGACAUGACAGGGAGGGCAAAUAAUCGUAGCCGCUGUUAGGACCAGCAGGAAAAAUUUCGAAGAAAAAUUCACUUAUCACACAAAAAUCUUCUUGAGACUAUAGCAAUUGCCCGUCGCAGCUGCACCGGAUGGUGGUCGCCGUCGCAGUUAAUCGAUCAACCAUCGCGGCUCCCAUUUACCUGCUGUGAUGUCCGCGUAGUCAGGGCCUGUGAUCAGAAUCUUCACAAGGCUCUGCUCUUCGCGUGAUGACACACUACUACCAACGAGAGCUUUCACAAUUUUACCUUUCUGUUAAUACACUUGAAUAUGUGAAUUAUUUUUCCAAUGAUAUUGUCGAGGCUUUUCAGAGAACCUAAAUUCGGGAAUACAGCACACGAUAUACUUCUAGAUACGCUGCGCAGUCACGCAAUCAAAUUCUAGAAAAGCUAAGCACCAGCAGAAUAGCUGAAAAUAAUUGCAAAAAAUUACAGUACAAGAGAUUUCCUUAUACCGUUUCUUGUUUACACUUUACAACUAAUCAGAUUUCAGAGAAAACUUGUUUUACUAGGGAAUUCAGCAUUUCUGGCGUUUCUACGAUCGGAUCAGAUACAGAUAUUGUGAUGAAACAUCAAAUGAGCAGGAAGGUUCUGUACCAACAAAUAACGACUUACUAUAGCUUAACAGACCUGAGCAAGUAACUGUCGUGCUAAAAUAAAGGAUUUACUCUGUGCACUUGAUGAUGCAAACAAGAGACCUCUCCAAAAAUGCACGCCUGUACCAAACUCAAACUUAGGUUUCAUCUACCCUUCUUCUAGAGCUCCGAUUUACUUACAGUUUUAUAUCGUUUCGAAAAACAAUUUUCAAAAAAAAAAUCGUUUCAAGAUGAAAAAUGUACUCCUAGCUGGAUAGUU